AUGCUUCUAGAGGGAAAAUUCACCGUCGUUCAGAUGAAGGCGAAUCGACGGCUCAGAUUUAACCAACCGAGUCGUUUACCAAGCUCCGGUGACUCGGGGAUAGAAGACGAGCGAGUCCUGGUUCUCGUCUUCGAGUCGAUUAGUUGGGACAUUCACACACUUUGCUCAAUCGCCACCGUAAGCCAGAGGUUUUGCGCAAUCGCAAGACGGAUUCUGUGGCGGAGAUUAUGCGAACACCGUGCGCCGGUGAUGAUAUCGGCAUUAUCCGGCGGAGUUCCAAGCGGACGAAUCGACGGAGGAUGGAACGCGUUAGCGAAACUCAUGUUUUUCUGCGGCGGCGGUGAGUCGACUCGGUAUUUCAAUCUGAGUCAACCGACGCCGGGUCACUUCGUCCGCGAGUCGAGAUUCUCUAAAACCUCCGGCCGAUUCUUCCUCCCGAAGAAUUGCCGCGGCGAUCUACUGUACGUGAGCGAUCCGUGCGAGCAUCACGCGGUUGGUGGAGACGAACAUUUAGGGGUUUUCAGAGGGGUAUUUCGGGAAUUUAUGAGAUCGAAGACGAGGCAGUGCCUCGUGAGGAGACAAGCGGAGCUAGAGGAGAAGGUUAGGUGUCCGUAUUGCGGAGGACGCGUGUGGAGCAUGACGGCAGCGCGGCUGGUUCCGAAAAGCGCGGCUCGGCGGCUCGGCUCACGCGACGGUGGGUUAGAGUUCUUCGUCUGUGUCAACGGCCAUUUGCACGGCACUUGUUGGCUGAUUCCGCUUUCGUCGGAUGAAGAAGACGGAGGAGCUUUUGACGACGAAGACAGUGACGAUUUUUACGGCAGUAUAUUGUAA